UGGGCUGGAUAGUGGCUAACUGAAUGACGACCAUUGGCUGGUCCUACUGGCUUUGAUUAUCAGUACUGUGAGAGGGGGCCUUUGAUAUCAGCAUGGUUAGUCGGUGAGCGCGCUAAUUCACUAAUAUCUACCCUGUAAUUGCGGCUGUAUUUCAUACCCACUGUUAUUACUGGAACGCUAUCUAUCCAAGCAACCUGUCUAUCAGGGUCUGCUGUUAGUGUGUGCGAGUGCGUGGAUGUGUGUGUCUGUUCGCCGUACGAGGCCGUGUAGUACUCUCCGUGUGUCGCUGUUGUCCGCGCUGCCUUUUUCCACAUAAUGUACAUCCUUAUGUACGCAUACGGGCUUACAUAGAUCGUGUCCUAUGCGUUUGCCACUGCCUUGUUGGUAUUGCUGCCAGUAGAGUGGCCUGUCAUCAACAAUAAAUCAUCGGCGUGAUAGUUGUGGUCAUCAUCGUCGUCGUGUUGGUGGCGUUUGCAGGAGAAAACAACGACGGCGGCGGCGGCGGCGGCGGAAGUCGGAGCACCAUCAGUGCUUGCCACCAGCGAUUGUCGUACCAUCAGCAACGGCAGCUUGGUAUCUGGUGCGCAGAAAAAGUCGAUCAGUCAGUCGGUUCAUUUAUUUAGGUUUCUCAUUCCGACAGUUGCUCGGUUGUUUGUUGUUAUUAUUAUUCUUUUGGUUGUGCGGUAGUCCUGAUAAUAAAAAUGAUAAGUGAGUGCUGCUAAUAUUAUCGUAAUUUUCGUCGUUGGCCAUCGCGGUGGCGUUGUCGUUGCUGAUACACGGUGAUAUACGGAUACGCUGGUAGGUGCGCUGUUGUUGUUGUUGUUGUUGUCGUUGUUGUUUCUCAUUAUCCCUAUUGUCGUCGUCGUCAUACUUUUAUGGCCGUUAUCGUUGUGAAUUUUGCCGACAUUGUGCACCAGUCGUCAUCGCCGUUCAGCCAGCAUCUUCACUUGUGUUCAGCUCCUCUAAGCUCGACACCUUUUUCUCGAAAGGAACACGAAUAUAUACUAUAGUGGUGAAUUCUACACCUGUAACAGUUCACACCAUACUACAACGGAAUCACUAGCAGGGGAUCAACUGAAAUCUGGGCGACGGACGACGAAUGUGCCUACCGGCAAGCCCCGCUUCGUCAGGAGGAGAUGACCUGUCGAUCACCAACACGAUGAGCAUCACCCCCAUCAAAAACAGUAGUGCCUCGAACAGCAGCAGCCCAAACCUAAAGUGAGACAAGGCCGACAAAGCACCGAUAGCUUUACUCGUCGUUCGUCUUGGUUACCACCGAUCUAUGCUCGAUCGAUGCUCGACAGUCGCUACCAACUACAUAAUAAUAUACCUUGCGAUCUUAUCACGUACCGGCCUAUUCACGAAGUUGACUGUAACAAAGGCAAAAGUAAAAAAUGGAAGAAGAUUCUUGCCUUUCCGCACAUUUCCCUUUGUCUCCCGCUCAAGGAUAAAAUAGAUUGUCGUUAUUCUUUUAUCGUGGAACGACAGCCGAUUGGAAAGCUGCUCUUUCGAGAAUUUUGUUCGACGAAAUCUCAUCUAAAGCGCUGCAUUGAGCUUCUUGAUGCUAUCGAGAGCUAUGAGUGCCAAGUGGAAGAGAAAAGAUUUUCAGCUGCCGAAGAAAUCCUCAACAAUUAUUUCAGCAGUGAGUCGGCAGCAUUCUCGGAUAUUUUCAACUGUGAGUUAGAGAACGAGAUCCGAACGCAGUUAAACAGUGAGAACAAUGAGCGACCACUAAAAGACCUCUUCGCACCAUGUUCAGGGGCGUUGAAGGAGCAUCUUUCAGGAACACCCUUCGACGACUUUGUCGAGACGAUGUACUUCCACCGAUAUCUUCAAUGGAAAUGGCUGGAAGGUCAACCUGUCACGCAGAAGACUUUUCGCAUGUAUCGCGUUUUAGGUAAGGGUGGAUUUGGCGAGGUAUGUGCCUGUCAAGUACGCGCAACGGGUAAGAUGUACGCCUGCAAAAAACUCGAGAAAAAACGAAUCAAGAAGCGGAAAGGCGAGAGUAUGGUCCUCAUAGAGAAGCAAAUUCUGCAAAAGAUCAAUUCAAGAUUUGUCGUAAGUUUAACCUAUGCGUACGAGACGAAGGACUCCCUCUGUUUAGUCUUAACUAUUAUGAAUGGUGGCGACCUCAAGUUUCAUAUUUACAAUAUGGGCGGGGAGCCGGGCUUUGACAUUGAGCGGGCGCGAUUCUAUGCCGCGGAAGUGACUGAAGGUCUCGACCACCUGCACGCUCAAAAUAUUGUCUAUCGUGAUCUCAAGCCGGAGAAUAUUCUACUCGACGAUCAUGGUCAUGUCCGCAUAUCAGAUCUUGGCCUUGCCGUGGAGAUUCCUGAGGGAGAAAGCGUAAGAGGAAGGGUUGGUACAGUGGGAUACAUGGCACCGGAGGUGGUUGACAAUGAAAGGUACACAUUUUCUCCAGACUGGUUUUCGUUGGGUGUACUAUUAUUUGAGAUGAUCGAGGGUCAAGCUCCGUUCCGUGCUCGUAAGGAAAAGGUAAAACGGGAAGAAGUUGAACGGCGGGUCCGUGAAGAACGCGAGAGGUACUCGAGCAAAUUCGGAGAAGAUGCCCGGGCCAUUUGUCAAGCUUUGCUGGCCAAACAACCCAACACCCGACUUGGCUGUCGUAGUGCAAACAACGGAGCGUCGGAAAUCCGUCGUCAUGCAUUCUUUAAAAGCGUAACAUGGAAGCGUCUUCAGGAAGGAAUGCUAGAUCCCCCGUUCGUACCAGAUCCGCACGCGGUCUACGCUAAAGACGUUUUAGACAUCGAGCAAUUUUCUACUGUAAAAGGCGUUAAUCUGGAUGAGACAGAUGAGAACUUCUAUGGUAAAUUUAAUUCUGGAUCCGUAUCGAUUCCGUGGCAAGAGGAAAUGAUCGAAACAGAGUGCUACAAGGAGUUAAAUCAAUGGGGAGAGGACGGAGGUCCAUCUCUAGACCUAAUGCUUGACAGGCCGCCUCAGGAGGAAUACAAAGGAUGCUUCCCAUUUCGACGAAAAAAUAAACGUUCCUCUGGGACGAUGGGCAGCGAGAGUACAAUAUGUAUGAAGAACUCGGAGAUUUCAGCGUCUCGGAUUCAGGAUGACAACACAACGACUCGAGGGGUUGAAAAAUCCAGCAAGCAUAGCAAAGAUUGCACUAAGGACACCACCGGAAGCAAGGAUGCUGACAAGGUCAGCAAAGUUGGGAAUCAUCGAGUGGCGGAUCAUUCAAACAGUACUAAAUAGAGCCAACAGCAGCAACAACGACAGGCGCAGCCCAUAGCAACGACCUUACAAUCUCAAGAAAUUGGCGGAUCCUCACUAACUAGCGACUGUAGCUCAUAUACACCUUUAUCACAAUAAGAGCAAUGGUCAAUACUACGAUUUCCGGUGUAAGCGCAAUUUAUUUCUUGUUUUAGCUACGGCAUAUACUCCAGAACAUGGUCGCGCGACAUACUCCAGACCAGACCGUUUUCGUGCAACUUACUCGUUAGUUAGUACCGUACGAAGCUGACAUUCAUUUUUUGUGAAGCAUACCCUUAAACGACCCUCGUUAAGUCGGCUCUUAGGGUCACAAUUCUUGGGAAGUGGGGCGUUGAUGGAAGGGCGGUUGCACGCAGGCUUUGCUAGGUAUGUACGGGAAAAGUUUGAUGCAAAACGCAUAUUCAUUUGCGUAGAGCGUACCGUCCUUUCCUACCUGGUAAUUAACUUACAUUCUGCAUAUCUACCGGCAGCCAGUGGGGUGUAAUGUAAUGAUUGCAUGUAUAUAUGCGUGUGUGGGUGUUUGCGACUGUGUAGCUGUUAUAUAGGCAUUUCGACGCUCAUAAUAGAGAGGGGCCGAGUUCCUUUGGUCGAUCCCUAACGUAAAGCGGUUCUAAUUAGCAAUUUACGCUUAGAAGGAGGUAAUAAUGAAAGGACACGAACACAUUGGAAACACCGAAAAAAGGCAUUGAUAUUAAUCAAACACAUCUGUUGCAAAAUUCUGUUUCCUGGGCGAUUCAUACUUAAGCGGUGUGCUGUUGACCAAUUUUUUAGACGGAACCUAAAACCCAUGUGUUAACACAAAAAAUAUUUUAAUUUCUUUACGGAAAGGUAUAUGUUAGAGACGAAUUGUAUUUAAUAUCAAUUUAUUUUCAUAAAUAAAUAAAUGUAAUGCAUAAUUCAAAUGUCAGGGAAAACUCAACGAGAAGAUUUCUAACCUGCGUU